AUGGAGCCCACUGACCAACCCAGGCACUGGAGGGGCGUCCUGCGCUGCCAAUUGUACUGCCUGCUUCUAGGCACCUGUGCUGGGCUGACGGUGACCGUGCCCUCGGCCGCAGUCCACGGCGUCCGGGGUCAAGCGCUCCACCUUCCGGUGGUCUACAGCUUCCAGACCCCGGCCUCAGAUGUGCAGAUCAUAUGGCUGUUCCAGAGGCCUCAGAUGACUCCCAAAUACCUGCUGGGCGCAGUGAACAGGUCCGUGGUUCCCGAUCUGGAGUACCGGCACAAAUUCACCAUGGUGCCUCCCAACGCGUCCCUGCGCAUCCAGCCGCUCCAUUUCAGCGACGAGGGUACUUACAUCGUCAAGGUCAACGUGAACACGGAGGGAAACGGGACCGUGUCUGCUCACCAGAAGAUCCUCGUCACUGUGGAUGAUCCCGUGACAAAGCCUGCCGUGCACACCCAACCUUCCUCUGGGGCUGUGGAGAACGUGGGCAACUUGACACUGACGUGUGUGGUGGCCUCCGGCACUCGGGUCACAUACCAGUGGCUGAAAGACGAGCAGCCCGUGCGGGCCAGCUCUACCUACAGCUUCUCUCUCAACCACAGCGUCCUCCACAUGGUCCCCGUGACAAAAGCCGAUGUCGGGGAAUUCCGCUGCCUGGUGAGGAAUUCAAUCAGCGAGAUGCAGAGCGAGGCCCUAGCACCCACCAUCUACUAUGGUCCUUAUGGUCUCACUGUCAACUCAGACCGAGGCCUGAGAGUGGGAGAGGUGUUCACUGUCGACCUUGGGGAGGCUGUCCGGUUUGACUGCUCUGCGGACUCCAACCCCCCCAACGUUUACUCGUGGAUUCAGAGGGACGACAAUUCCACCCAGGUGAUUGAGCAUGGGCCCCACCUGGAGGUGGCUUCGGAGCACCUGGGCCGGAGCACCGAUUACACUUGCUGCGCCUAUAACAACGUCACUGGGCGGCGAGGGGAGGCGCGCUUCACAGUGAUCAUCACUUCUCUAGGACUAGAGAAGGUCACCAGCAAAGGGAAGUCGUCCCUGGCCAUCAUCACCGGCAUCUCCGUGUUCUUGAUCGUAGCCAUGAGCAGCCUCUUCUUGUGGAAGAAGUGCCGACCCUACAAAAGUAUCCAUCCGACACAAGUGGGCAGGCCAGAAUCCGAAUACAGAAAAGCACAAACGUUUUCGGGCCAUGAAGAUGCCUUGGCUGACUUUGGGAUAUAUGAAUUUGUUGCCUUUCCAGAGCCUUCCACUGCUCCCAGGAUACCCAGCAGGCCCAUUUGUGGCUCUGAGUGGGGCCCCAGGCAGGAGAUCCAAGGCACAAUUUAUGAAGUUAUCCAGCACAUCCCUGGGCAGGAGCAGCAAGACCGUCCAGAGUAA